CUCUUCCGCUUGCUUGCUGGCUCGCGUAUGCACUCCAAUUUAUUUCCUCAUGCGUCUGAGCUAAAGGGAGAACAAAAAGAUAGAGGGAUUUGAAGUGGAGCCGGAUGUAUUAUUAGCUGAGAAUCCUCAGAGGCAUAUACCGUACUAUGGAAAAGCAACUGAUUUCUUUUUGCAAAAACCCACAUCAUCUGAAUAUUCGGAAGGCCCAAGAAAUAUACUAUCUGACAAUGCAAAGGUGCAGAGAAACGAUGGAGAGGAAAAACACAGCAGAAAUGAAUCAGUGUAAGAGGAAGGUGAGGGUGUGCGUAGCAACAUGCAACAGAGCAGACUACUCCAAGCUGGCCCCCAUCAUGUUUGGGAUCAAAAACAACCCUGAGGAGUUUGAACUGGAGGUUGUAGUGCUGGGCUCUCAUCUCAUCGAUGAUUACGGAAACACUUUCCGUAUGAUCGAGCAGGACGACUUUGACAUCGGCUCCAAGCUCCACACCAUAGUGAGAGGAGAGGAUGAGGCAGCCAUGGUGGAGAGUGUCGGGCUGGCACUUGUGAAGCUCCCCGAUGUGCUACAGAGGCUGAGCCCUGACAUCCUGGUCAUCCAUGGCGACCGCUUUGACGCAUUGGCCCUUGCAACCGCUGCGGCGCUGAUGAACAUUAGGAUACUUCACGUGGAGGGAGGAGAGGUGAGUGGUACAAUUGAUGACUCAAUCCGUCACGCCAUCACUAAACUGGCCCAUUACCACGCCUGCUGCACACGCAGGGCAGAGCAGCACCUCAUUGCCAUGUGUGAGGACCACUCUCGCAUCCUGCUGGCUGGCUGCCCUUCCUACGAUAAGCUGCUGUCAAAUAAUCACAGAGACGACUACAUGGAUAUCAUCAGGAGCUGGCUCGGGGACAAGGUGCAGGAGUCAGACUACAUAGUGGCUCUGCAGCACCCGGUUACCACUGACAUCCAGAACUCCAUUAAGAUCUACGGGCUGAUGCUGGACGCCCUGAUAUCGUUCAACAAAAAGACCCUCAUCCUCUUCCCUAACAUUGAUGCCGGAAGUAAGGAGAUGGUGCGUGUGAUGCGAAAGAAGGGCAUCGAGCAGCACCCUAACUUCAAGGCGGUGAAGCACAUUCCCUUCGACCAUUUCAUCCAGAUGGUGAGCCACGCCGGCUGCAUGAUCGGGAACAGCAGCUGCGGGGUACGAGAGGCAGGGGCCUUCGGCACGCCGGUCAUUAACCUGGGAUCAAGGCAAACUGGCAGAGAAACAGGUGAGAAUGUUCUUCAUGUCAGAGAUGCCGACACUCAAGAUAAGAUCUACCAUGCUUUGGAGCUGCAGUUUGGAAAGAGAUACCCCUGCUCCAAGAUUUACGGUGAUGGCAAUGCAGUUCCUCGUAUUCUCAAGUUUUUACGGACCAUUGACUUAAAUGAGCCCCUCCAGAAGACUUUCUGUUUUCCUUCGGUGAAAGAAUGCUUUUCCCAGGACAUCGAUCACAUCCUGGAGACCCAGAGCGCUCUGGCUGUAGACCUGGGUGGGACCAACCUCAGGGUGGCCAUCGUCGGGAUGAGGGGUAAGAUUGUAAAGAAGUACACUCAGCCCAAUCCAAAGACCUUCGAGGCCAGGAUGCAGCUCAUGUUGAAGAUGUGUGCAGAUGCCACGCGGGAUGCCGUCAGCUUAAACUGUAGAAUACUCGGUGUUGGAGUGUCCACUGGCGGGCGUGUAAACCCACAAGAAGGCGUGGUGAUGCACUCCACAAAGCUGAUCCAGGAGUGGUCCUCAGUCGACCUGAGGACACCGCUCUCUGACGCCCUGCACCUGCCUGUGUGGGUGGAAAAUGACGGCAACUGUGCUGCGUUGGCGGAGAAGAAAUUUGGUCACGGAAAGGGUGUGGAGAACUUCGUCACCGUCAUCACAGGAACAGGUAUUGGCGGAGGCAUCAUCCAAAACAACGAGCUGAUUCACGGCACUACCUUCUGCGCUGCCGAGCUGGGCCACAUCAUGGUUUCAUUAGAGGGACCAGAGUGUUCCUGUGGCAGUAGAGGAUGCAUCGAGGCCUACGCGUCGGGCAACGCUCUGCAGAGAGAGGCCAAAAGGCUACAAGACGAGGACCUGCUGAAGGUGGAGGGGCUGAAUAUAAAGCAAGCGGAGCCGAUCACUGCUAUCCACCUCAUCAAUGCAGCCAGACUGGGGAAUAACAGCGCUGACGCUGUUCUGAACAAAGCCUCCACAGCUUUAGGCAUGGGCAUCGUGAACAUCCUCCACAUAGUGAACCCCACGCUGGUGAUUCUGUCUGGAGUUUUGGCCUCUUACUACCAUGCCCCGGUGCAGCGCAUCAUUUCCGAGAGAGCGCUCCAAUCUGCCCAGAACAUCAAGGUCCUCACAUCAGAGCUGGAAGAACCUGCUUUACUUGGAGCAGCUAGCAUGGUGUUAGACUAUACAACCAGGAGAUUACUUUGAAGGAUAUGGUCCUAAUUUACCAAGGAUCGCAACCAACAGGAGGACUGCAAAACUGAAAGAAAUUCAUGUACUGCCUUGAUAAAGUUUUGCCUGCAAAAAUAGAAAUUCUCGAGCCUGUGAAAAUAAUAACUUCACAAUCAGCCUAGAUGUUGGCCAAAUCAGUCUUGAUACGUCAUGUGUUAAGUACAUCUAUUGCACGGAACAGAAACUCCUUUUGUAUCUACAUAGGCAAGGUUAAAUGAAGGGGCUUUUUUUUUUAGCAAUCAAGCAUCAGCUUUUUGGUAAACAGCAAAGCCACCUUCAAUACAAAAUUACCCAUACUGGGAAAGACUCGUACUGUGAAGUGGGUAGAUGGAAAAGUCUGUCAUUAUAGAAAGCGUGUAUCAGAUGUGACCAACAUAUUGCUGAAACAUUCUCCUGCAGCUUCCUCUUAAUUCUCCUUGAUUGCUUGCCAUCUCACGUUUUUUAUAAAUCGGUUGGAGUUUUCACUUUAAAUACGUUUGGUAUUUAAGAGAAGGGUUGCAGUCAAGUUGAUAUGUUACAUUUCCAUGUUUUAUUACAUAUUAUUAUCAUUUUGGGGAAAUCAUGAAGUAUUUAAAGAUGGUGGUUGGGCUAGUGAAUGAGCUUACAGGUUAAGAAAUGGUUAAUGAAAAAUUGGUUGGAAUACUAUAAUAAACUGUUAGGUAUCAACUGCUAUAAAAGCUGCUACAGAAUGAGGGGGCCUCGGGGCUGAAUCUAUUUCCUGAAUCAGGUAAAGUUUUAUAUACUUUUCAUGAUCACUGACCUAAUGAAGAUUUUCACAGAUUUUGAAGUUUUCCAUGCCUUUUAGAAGAUAAUAUAUUUUAUCGCAAAAAUGUUUGCGUUUGUAUGUUAUAACAUACUGUGUUGUGCAUUACAUGCUGAUUUAAAUGUAUUUGUAAUUUUCUUUGGGUUAAUGCUCAAACAAAAGUACUUUCUUGUUGAAGAUGCACACAAUAAAUAAAUUUAAUUUAAGUGAAGAAAGGAA